AUGCCAGAACCAAUAGACAACAAAGCCAAGUUCAACUUGAGACCAUUUGUCGAAGCUCCAUUAUCCAAAUCCGGUAUAAAGCCCAUUGAGCUUGAAAGUAUAGACUUGUCUCUUUUCAAAGAAGGACCUGAACAUUUAAAAGCUAGACAAGUACUUGCUGACAAGGUUGAAAAAUCGCUUUCCACAUAUGGGUUCAUCUCUAUUAUUAAUCAUGGAAUUGAUCAAGAAGAAUUAGAGCAUCUUAAACUGGUUGCUCAAUCUCUUUGUGAACUUCCUGUAGAAGAACAAAAGAAAUAUCUUGCUGGUGCUAUGAAGUCUGACCUCGAAGAUAGAUCAGUCUCACUUGGUGCUGAAAGAGGGCCAGGGUUCAAACCUAAGGGAUACUGGUCCAUGAAGAAUGGUGUUGAAGAUUCUAUUGUUCAUUAUAAUUUCCAAAACUUGCAACAUUCUGAUUUCUUUGAUGAUUCCAACAACUAUCCUGAUAUUGUCAGAGCUUUCAUCCAAGAUAUUGCUGAUUAUUACAGGUACUUACAUAACGAAGUUUUAAGAAAACUUACAAUUUUAUGUGAUAUUGUCUUGGAACUUCCAGAGGGCCACAUAUGGGAAAAGUACUACAGCGUUACUGAUGGUGAUCAUGAAAAUUCCGGAGGUGGAGCAGGAAGAUUUAUGUUAUACGAAGGCAUGAAACCUGAAGAUAUGAAGAAAGUUGACAAUACUUGGCUUAGAGGCCAUUCAGAUAGUGGUGGAUUCACCUUCAUUACUUCGCAACCAAUUUUAUCAUUACAAAUUAGAGAUUACUUUACAGGUGAAUGGAGUUACGUUGGUCAUACACCAAACUCAUUCAUCGUCAAUGUUGCUGAUGGUAUGGAAUUUAUCACUGGUGGAUAUUUCAAGAGUUCUAUUCACAGAGUAGUUUCUCCUCCAGAUGACCAAAAGCAAUAUCGUAGAUUGGUAUUGAUUUACUUUUCAACACCAAAGCUUUCCUCAAUUAUUGAUCCUGAUGAAUUAAAUUCACCUAAGUUGAAACGUUUGGGUAUUACCAAACCAGAGGAAUGGGAAAAAAUUACUUUUGGACAAUGGUAUGACGAAAAAGCAAGAUUAUUCGGUAAGAAAAAAGUCAACGACACUAAAACUGAUGAACCCAAGUUAGUACUUGUACAUGGUAGAUUACAUGAAAGAUGGCAUCAAGCUGAAGAAAAUUUCAAUUUGGAAGAAGCAAGAAAGAGAUUUGAUGUUAUCACAUUGAAUGACUUCGUAUAGGUUGUUGUUGUAGGUAUAUAUAUAAAACACUAUGGUAUAAACAGUAACAUAUUUAGUUAAAAUAAUGCUUCUAUAAUUUCAAGAAGUACACUGAGACCAUUCGUUAAGAUCCAUUGGAGAAUAAUCAGUCUAUUAGUAGCAUUGGUGAAUAUUUUGGAGGCUGUGCUUGCAAUAAUUGCCGAAUCAUUUACAGCACUUAUCAACAGGGACCAAGUGAUAACAUCAUCGUUGAUAAUAUCCGUAACUAAAUUAACUGCAAAUGCUUGACCAUCGGUGGUAGUGACAAUGUCUUCAAACACAGAAAUGAAAAGUCCAGAUUUUUCCAACGAUUCAUAAAUAUCUUCCGAAUCAGCUACAGAAUUCAUUAACUUGACAAUAGUUUGGAUACUCUGGUUUUGAAUAGAAGUAAUUACACCAUUCAACCCUCCAAGGAUACCAUCAAGUAACCCUCUCUUCUUUAAUGAAAACGAGAAAACACCAUCAUCAUGAAGGGUCUUAAUGAUGUUAGUUAAACCAGGAAUCAUAUUAGGAUUGGUGAAAAGGAUCAUAACUAUAUCCACAGCCAAGUUUGAAUCAUCAGCAUCUUUCAAGAUUUGGGUUAACGUGGUUGCAUUAAUGUAGUUUUCAACUGCAUUUAUAACUGUUGGUUGGGUGGCUUUAUUACUAUACAUGGCGUGGGCAAUUUGAACCCCUUGUCCGGAUUUAUUCAAUGCUGUCAAAGCAGCAGUAAGUGGAGGAUAGUCUCUUUUAAAAACCAGGGGAUCAUUGUAUGAUUCAAGAACCGCGAGGAAUUCAUUAAAUUCUUGUUGAAAUGCAUCACCUUGUACGGCAGCACCAAUUGCAAAGGUUGCAAAAAAUAAGGAUAAUAACGAAUAAAAUAAUUUCAUUUUUCGAUAUACUACUGAAUUAUAAUAGAAAGAGUGAUGGGUAACUACUGGGGGUAUUUAUAUAUACACUUUUGAGACAGCCCCAU